AUGGACUCAGCCAAUGUGUCUGCGGUGACUGAAUUCAUUCUGUUAGGAUUAACAGAUCAGCCUGAACUCCAAAUGCCCUUGUUCUUUCUGUUCCUAGCAAUGUAUCUGGUCACUACAUUUGGAAAUUUGUGUUUGAUAAUUCUGACUGUGCUGAACUCUCAGCUCCACACUCCUAUGUAUUUUUUUCUCUUUAACUUGUCCUUUAUAGACAUCUGCUACUGUUCUGUGUUCACUCCCCAAAUGCUGAUGAACCUUAUAUUAUGGGAGAAUAUCAUUUCUUACAUGGAAUGUAUGACCCAAGUCUAUUUCUUUUGCUUCUUUAUUAUUUCUGAGUGUUAUGUGCUGACUUCAAUGGCCUAUGAUCGCUACAUGGCCAUCUGUAAUCCACUGACGUAUAAUGUUGUCAUGUCUCCUAAAUUAUGUUUGAACCUUAUGCUUGUUUCCUACUCUAUUGCAUUUUCUAAUGCUGUAGCUCACACUGCAUCCAUGCUGAGACUGAGUUUCUGUGAUACCAACACCAUCAACCACUACUUCUGUGAUAUUCCUCCUUUGCUCCAGCUAUCCUGCACGAGCCCAUAUGUCAAUGAACUUGUCAUUUUUGUUUUUGGCACCAUCAAUAUCAUUGUUUAUUCUUCAACUAUCUUUAUCUCCUAUGGUUUCAUCCUUUCCAGCAUCAUCCACAUCCCUUCCUCUGAGGGCAGAUCCAAAGCCAUCAGCACCUGCAGCUCCCACAUUCUUGUUGUUUCUCUGUUCUCUGUUUCAGGUGCACUUGCAUAUUUCAAACCCUCCUCAGUGGUGUUUAUGAAUGAAGGAAAAAUCUAUUCUGUUUUUUAUACCAAUGUGGUUCCCAUGAUGAAUCCAUUAAUCUACAGCUUGAGGAACAAAGAUAUUAAAGUUGCCUUUAAAAAAACCUUAAUAAGCAGGAGAUUUUGA